UUUGAUAUCUUUUUCGGGGGGUUUUUUUUGGCUGUUUGGAGGAUAUUUUUAGCAUAUAUAGAAAAAAAAUUAUGCCUGUAAUGUACUUUUAUUUUUGUGAUAUUUUUGGUCGUCACUGUUCUUACAAAAUAGAUCGUACGUCUUCUCUCCACAGAGCUCCAUAGUUAAACUUCAAAUCUGUCAACGCCAGAAUCUUUCAAGUUUUCUUCUAGGAGGGCAAAAAUGGUGAGAGGGAAAAUUCAGAUGAGAAGGAUCGAGAAUGCCACAAACAGGCAAGUGACUUUCUCGAAGAGACGAAAUGGGUUGUUGAAGAAGGCUCACGAGCUCUCGGUUCUCUGCGAUGUCGAGGUUGCGGUGAUCAUCUUCUCUCAGAAAGGCAGGCUCUAUGAGUUCUCAAGCACUGACAUGCGAAAAAUCAUCGAACGAUACCGUAAACAGCCAAAAGAUCUUGAGCAAACUAACAUGACUGAAGCCGAUCAACAAUACAUGCAGCAUGCGAAAAAUCAUCGAACGAUACCGUAGACAGCCAAAAGAUCAUGAGCAAACUAACAUGACUGAAGCCGAUCAACAAUACAUGCAGGGCAAUUUGAUGUCGUUUUGGGGAAAACAGCUUCUCCUUCUCUCUUGCCCAUUCGCUUCCUCUUCGCUCCAGUCUCUGCCAUUACCAACUUGCUCUUUCCUAGUUAGCCCACACUUGAGCCCAGCCCCCGUGUAAAACUAGAUCUGAACAAUAAGAGAAAAUUUAGGUAUUAUGCCACAAACUCCACAUAGUUAAGAUUUGUACCAUAAUUUAUUUAAGUUAGAUCUUCACCACUUUGUUUUUUGUUU